CCCUGGCGACACCUACGCUAAUUUCAGACAGCAACUACAGAGGAUUCCCAGCGACAUCCAAGGGCAUUGUUGUCAUUUCAUUGAACCGUCCACCCCCCGACCAAUCCAACCCAUAUUCCGCCUAGUACCCCUAGUACCCCUAGAUCUCGUUCCUCCACGGACCACUGUAACUCCAUUUCGGAACUGAGUAGGCAAUACAAGGAAGAAGAAGAAGAAGAAGACGGUGAUUUCCUCCAAAGAGCAUGGGCAAAAUGGUACAAUGGAGCUGGGGCCCCGCUCUGAUCGGAGCGGCGUCGGCUGUGGCAGCGACGACUCUGAUCUCGGCCAAGCCCAAGGACCCAACCUUCCAUUUGAUAUCAAUCAACCUCACAUCCUUCAAGCUCAACAUCCCAGUCCUCGAUGCCGAGCUCAUCCUCACCGUCCACGUCUCCAACCCCAACAUCGUGCCCAUCCAGUACUCCUCCACCACCAUGUCCAUCUUCUACAAGGGCUCCUUGCUCGGCUCCGCCCAGGUGGAAGCCGGCUCCCAGCCGCCGCACUCCUGCCAGCUGAUCCGUCUUCCGGCGCGGCUCCAAGGGCUCGAGCUGGCUCACCACGCGGCAAGCUUCAUCGCCGACGUAGCCAGGCGCGAGAUGGUGCUCGACGCCACUGUGGAUAUCGCUGGUACGGCCAAGGUGUUGUGGUGGGACCACAAGUUCAAGGUCCACGUGGAUAGUCGCGUGACCGUGGAUCCGGUUUUCUUUGAAGUUAUUGAUCAGGAUAUUAAGUCUGAGGUCGAAGUUCUUGCUUGAAGACAUGAAGUGUACGUUUUUUUUUCUUUUUUCCUUUUUUGAGCAAAUACACUUUCAGUGUAUCUUUCCCUGUAGUAGAAGAUGUAAUUGGUUUUGCUCUUUUUAAGGCUUAAAUCCAAAAAUAAUUUCUGUGCUUUUA